AUGGAUACAGAAAAUUAUUCAUUGCUUGAAACUCAAUUAUCGAUAGGCGGAUCUCAACUUAAAACGAAUUCUAACGCCGUAUCGUCGAUACAUUUUGCAGGAAAAGUAUGCGUGGAACAAACAUCAACCAGCGAAAAUGAGAGUUUCUCUGAAAUGGUUCCUCUCGAGAUGUAUGAUUAUCAAGAAGCUUCCAUGUUAUCUCAAUCUGAAGGCACAUAUUCAGUCGGUCAAAAGAUCGAUGACUUAUUGGAUAUGGCGAUCAAAUGCAGAACAGCAGAUGGAUCGGUGGAUCCACCCGGGAUGAGUUUACUUUUAGAUAAACUUGAAGAAAUUGACAAUACUGAUGAUGCUUUAAUCAAGUUCACAAAAGCUGUUCUCGGUGGAGUGCAGGUCAAAUUACAAAAAAAUUCAGGUGGUGGAGCUAAAGGUCGAUCAGGUGCAGCAAUCUACUUCGUUUAUGAUGGAUCUGCAAUGGUUGCUGUUUGUAAGAAAUUUCCCACAUCCGAAGAACUCGUUCGAGAACUAUCAUCUUUGUCUCGACUUCGAGAACCUGAGUUCACUUGCUUCAAAAUUCCAGCUCCAUUGGCUGCAGCCAAAAUCAAGGAUUCUGAUUAUGCCGGUGUUUUGGUCUCAAAGGUAGCGCAAGGAGAAUCAAUCGCUGAUCUCAUUGAUUCAAUCACAAAAGCGACGACAAUCAGUGCCAGAAAGAAUAUACUGAAUCAAUUACAAAAAGCAGUAGUCGAUAUAGCACGUGCUCUUGCACAAUUACAUACAGAACCUAUUGGUUCCGGUAAUUUGGCAUUAAACAGUUACCUAACCAAAUCGAUCAAUCGAGUACGACAUCUAGUAUCUGUGGUAGCCAAAGAACACGCAAAGCUUCAAGAUAUUUUUGUUUUCAAAAUCGACGAAGUGCGCCAACAAUUAGAUCAUUUGAUAGAAGAGUGUUGCUGUGAACAAAGUAAGGCAGCAAUUGUGCAUGGAGAUGCACAUCCUGGCAACUUAUUCUGGGAUUCAUCAGUAGGUGUUACUUUCAUAGAUACACCUUCACUACAUUAUUCUAUGGAUUCCAUGGGCAAACCGAUUGGUACACCAGAACGAGAUAUAGCUAGUUUCGAAGGACGACUCGUAGAACUAUGUCGAAAAGCUGGAAUUAGUGAAAAUGAAAGCAAGUCAUUUCGUGAUACCUUCUUGAACAAUUAUGAUGCUGAGAAGGGUGGUAGUUUAAGCGAAAAGAAGCUGAAAUUCUUUCAACUACGAUUUGUACUUGGUGAAUUAGUACAAGCAUGCAAUAAUGAGCGUUCAAAAGAUAUUCAAGGAUCAAAAGAUAUUCAAGAAGCAAUUGUUUCAUUGAAACAAAUACUCGGUUGGAAGAACUAA